AAUGUCAGCUUGUUUCUUUAAAGUUAGUCUCUGGUUAGGCUUACGUUUGUAUUUAAGGUUAGGACGUUGUGACAGUAUCAUCACGCAGUCGUUUGCAGAAGUUUGCGAAGUGCAAGUGUAUUACAUUAUGUUUGGAUAUUUGAUGCUUAAUUCUGAAUAAAAAUUCAAAAGUAAUGUGAUUCUUUCGGCAAUGGAUGUGAAAACAAAUUUUUGCAAUGAUCGAUGUUUGUAUUCUUUUUUUGUUUUCAAAUCAGAAAUAAGGUAGUGUUAAAAGUGAUGUUUUACAAAAUAAUGAUUAAAAACUGUAAUACUGUUGGAGGAAGAACGCUUACUUGUGUUUUGCCCUCCAACAUCAGUGAGGUACCUAGUUUCAAGAACUACCCAUUUUUUUGUUACACUAGUUAAAUACAAAUGUAACAUAGAAUAAUGCAGGCAAAGAAGCGCUAUUUGUUGGUGUUUGUGUCUUGUGCAUUUUUAGCUUACUGUUAUUUUGGUGGUUUUCGUUUGAAAAGUAAAGAUAAAAAUUCUGAAAUAGAUAGUUUACCUAGCUACUUAGACUUUCAUUCAAUGAGGACAGGAAGUGUUAGCAAACAUAAAGAAAAAUCCAUAAGCGAAAAUACACAUUUAUGCCGAAUGGAGACCUGUUUUGACUUUACAAGAUGCAAGGCUUUUAAAGUAUAUGUGUACCCUCCAGAUGAAAAUGUGGUGCCUGGUGAAUCCUAUCAAAAAUUGCUUAGUGUAUUGGAGGAGUCAAGGUAUUACACGAAUGAUCCUACACAAGCCUGUUUACUGGUCUUAAGUUUAGAUACAUUAGAUAGAGAUCGUUUAAGUACAGAUUAUGUAAGAAAUCUUCAGUUACGUAUCCAAAAAUUGCCAUAUUGGAACAAAGGUAUUAACCAUCUAAUAUUUAAUUUAUACUCUGGGACAUGGCCAGAUUAUGCAGAGAAUAGGCUUGAAUUUGACCCUGGGAUGGCUAUAUUAGCUAAAGCUAGCAUGUCCUCGACAAAUAUUAGACCAAAUUUUGAUAUUAGCUUACCAUUAUUUCAUAAGAAGCACCCAGAGAAAGGUGGUGAAUCAGGGUCUGUAGUUAGUAACAAUUUUCCCCUGAAUAAAAAGUAUUUAUUGGCUUUCAAGGGAAAAAGGUAUGUCCAUGGUAUUGGAUCUGAAACAAGAAAUGCACUGUUUCAUUUACAUAACGAGCAUGAUAUAGUUAUGGUCACAACCUGCAGACAUGGUAAAAACUGGAAAGAAAUGAAAGAUGAAAGAUGCGAUUUUGAUAACAAGGAAUAUGAUAGGUACGAUUACGAAGUACUACUUCAAAAUUCGACAUUUUGUCUUGUACCAAGGGGUCGUAGGUUGGGUUCCUAUCGCUUUUUAGAAGCGCUGCAAGCGGGUUGCAUUCCAGUUCUCCUUUCGAAUGGUUGGGAACUACCCUUUUCCGAAGUUAUAGACUGGAAUAAGGCAGUACUAUGGGCAGACGAGCGAUUACUCUUACAAGUUCCUAAUAUGGUUCGUUCGAUACCACCAACAAAAAUUUUAGAAUUACGACAACAAACUCAAAGCUUAUGGGACCGUUAUUUUUCGUCGAUAGAAAAAAUUGUUUUUACUACUUUAGAGAUAAUAAAAGGUAGAUUACCGAUGCAGUUACAGAGGUCCGGGGUAGUUUGGAAUAAUUGGCCAGGGGCUCUUUUAACUCUUCCACAAUUUUCCGAUUCAGCGGUGGAUUUUCCCUUUAGCCCUUCGCCCCGAUUGGGAAAAUUUACUGCUGUUAUUUACUGCCAACUCGGAACUAACUUAGUGCCAUCGUCUUCGUUAUACCGUCUUGUAUCUAAUAUAGGUCGAAGUAAAUACGUUGAGCAGAUAGUCGUGGUGUGGUCAAAUGAUAAAAGACCACCUGUUAAGAGUAGAUGGCCCCUGUUGUCGCCUGAUAUAAAAUUGACAAUCGUUCAGUCUUCUAAUGACCCGUCGAAACCUACAAUAUCCCAAAGAUUUUACCCGCAUCAGUCAAUAAAAACCGCCGGAGUGUUUUCAUUGGACGAAGAUACUGUGAUUACCACGGACGAAGUUGAUUUCGCUUAUAAAGUGUGGUUGGAGUUUCCGGACAGAAUAGUCGGUUAUCCGGCGAGAUCUCACUUUUGGGACGACGCCAAGGCGUCUUGGGGCUACACGUCUAAAUGGACUAACGAAUAUUCGAUAAUAUUAACUAGUGCUGCGUUCUACCAUCGUUACUACAACGUUUUGUACACAGAGUGGCUGAGUCCGCUGUUGCAUAAGACUGUUGAGCAAAGUCAAAAUUGUGAGGAUAUUUUGAUGAAUUUUUUAGUCAGUCACGUUACCCGCAGACCUCCUAUAAAAGUAACGCAGAGAAAGCAAUAUAAAGAGCAACCUUCGACUGGUAGCAGAUCACCGUGGAAUGAUCCAGAUCAUUUUAUACAAAGACAGACGUGUUUAAAUACUUUUGCGGCUGUUUUUGGUUACAUGCCCCUUUUAAGGUCUAAUCUAAGACUAGAUCCUAUUCUUUUUAAAGAUCCAGUAUCAAAUUUACGAAAAAAAUAUAGACAAAUCGAAUUAGUUGGUAGUUAGCUAACUCAUAUUUAUUUGUAGAUAGGUACUUAUAAAUUUCGUCUUUUGAAAUUCACUAAACGGCAGCUUUUGAGUAACAGAUUUUAUUAAAUUUGAAAGCGCGUUGCCAACAGAAAUUCUAAAUAUUCAAGUGUUCACAACAAGAAAAAUUAAAGGGCAAUGCGUUACAAUAAAUAAUUAGUAGAAAGGAAAAACUUAAAUGCAUUUUGUUUUAGUGAAAAUCGGUUUAGUCAUUUAGCGUAAUUUUUUACUCUACUACAUAAUUAGCUGAAAUAACAGGAAAGGGAUGAUUUGUAUAUUUGUUUAUCAACUGACUGCACAUAAUUUAAUUUUAAUACUCUGAAAAGAUAUUUUAGGCUAAUCAUCAAUAAGCAGCUCGCGUGGGCAACGAAAGUUUCUUCUCUGAUUUCUUUUUUUAAUAUAAUUGUAAAUUUCAUUCCAUUAUAAAUAGAUACAGUAAUGUUUUGUGCUUUCCUUUGAUAAUUAAAUAAGUAUAACUUUUUAACUUUAAUAAUCUUUAGUUCCUUGAUUCGAAAGUUUGUACUUAAAAAAACUAGCUGUGGCUAGUGCCAUAUAAAGUAAAAUAAUAUAUCAUUAUUGUGAUAUGCCAUAUAGAUUUUUUCAGUGAUAUAUCGACGAUGCCCCAGAUUUACGAAAGACUAAACGACUUUUAUUUUGUUAUAUUUUGUUUUUACAAUUUUAUCUAUCGAAUUAUUGAAUUUGUUAUUAAGAUUUUUAUAUAUACAUUAUGCCUUAUAAAUACUUAUAUACAAAUUUGUUGAUGUGUACAUGUCAGCUUGUAUAUAUUUACAUAUAUAUAUAUAUACAUACAUAUUUCUUAUUGCAAAUAAAACGUAAUUAUUUGUUGUUUGUUGAUAUUUUUUUGUACAAUAUGAUAUUUGUUUAUUGUGGUAAUCUUUGUAAAUGUUCAGCAACCAUAUCCAAAAAGUACAUGUACCUAAUUUCUAUCGGUAAAUCUUUCCAUUUUGUAUAUCAU